GUAGGGGGCGAACACCGGCAUUGUGAAGAGUUCGGGCUGCUACCGCAAAGACAUCUGGGAUUUUGGAGGACUCGCUUGAGCGCUUUGGUUUCUGCAGUGCAGCGUGGGAUACUGGAAGGAGUCAGCGCAACAGACCGAGAGAAAUGGAUGUCUUUUUGAUGAUCAGACGUCACAAGACGACCAUCUUCACAGAUGCUAAGGAGUCCACCACGGUGUAUGAACUGAAGCGGAUUGUGGAAGGCAUUCUAAAGCACGCUCCUGAGGAUCAGAGGCUUUAUAAGGAUGACAUGUUGCUAGAAGAUAAUAAGACUCUUGGAGACUGUGGAUUCACAAACCAGACAGCCAGGCCUCAGGCUCCGGCCACAGUAGGACUGGCUUUUCGCAUCAGUGAUGAUGCUUUUGAGCCUCUUAGAGUAGAGCCCUUCUCCAGCCCCCCUGAACUUCCUGAUGUGAUGAAGCCUCAAGACUCGGGCAGCACUGCCAACGAACAAGCCGUGCAGUGAAGGAGGAACGGACGAUAAAGGGUGGGUGG